AUGGGCUACGAUAUCAGCGACAAGGCUGUCACCUCUGCCAGCGAUGGCGCCACUUCACCAACUCCUACCGCGGACGCAGCGCAAAACGACGCCUACCUGGCCAAGCUCUCCAAAUGGUGGACCGAUGACGAGGAGACCACCGUUCGACGCAAGCUAGACCUCCGGAUCGUAACAACCUCCUUCCUGCUGUACUUCAGUGCCCUUCUAGACCGCAGCAACAUCGGCAACGCCAAGACGGCGGGCAUGGAGAAGUCGCUCCGCAUGAGCGAUGCGCAGUUCCAGUGGCUGCUCACCAUCUUCUACAUCGCCUACAUCGUGUUCCAGUUCCAGGUGCUGAUGUACAAGCUGGUGCCGCCGCGGAUUUGGAUGACGUUCUGCGUGGCUGUGUGGGGCAUCUCGGGCAUCUGCCAGGCAGCGACGACCAACUGGGAAGGCAUGAUGGUGGCGAGAUUCUUCUUGGGAGUCAGCGAGGCCGGCUUCGGCACGGGUUGGGCGAUGUACCUCAGCUUCUUCUACCCGAGAACAGAGAUCGGGUUGCGGUUCGGUGUUUUUGUUUCGGCGGGUGCGGUGUCGGCGGCCGUUGCGGGGUCGAUCGCGUACGGGUUGGCGAGAGCUCACACGGACGUGGCCUCGUGGCGCCUGCUGUUCUUGGUCGAAGGCGUUCCCACGCUGCUCAUGGCUCCCGCUGCCUACUUUGCGCUGCCAAACAGCAUUCAGACGGCGUCUUUCCUCAGCGAGCGCGAGAAGGCCAUUGCGGAAGCGCGACUCUUCCGUCCACCUCCGCCCGAAGCUGAUCCCACCGCCAUACCUGGCCAGUCAGCCACCUCACGCCUGACCCGCGCCAAGCAACGCAUCAACUGGUCCGAAGCAGCCUCGGCAUUCACCGAUCCCAUGUCGUACAUCACCGCCGCGCUCUUCUUCAUCAUCAACGUGGGCUACUCCUCUGUACCCGUCUACGUCCCCACGCUCGUGUCGGAGAUGGGUUUUGGUAGCAUCCGCGCGCAAGGCCUGAGUGCACCACCGUACGUGCUCGCCUUUAUCAUCUCUCUCAGCCUGUGCUGGCUCACGGACCGAUAUCAGAUCCGUGGUCCCAUCUGCACCCUGCUCCUCGUGGUGGGGGCGAUAGGCUACAUCAUGCUCGCCACGCUCCGAUCGACCGCCGCACGCUACGUCGGCAUCUGGCUCAUCGUCAACGGUCUCUUCCCCUUCAUUCCCAUCCUGUACAUGUGGUUGAUGGACAAUCAGGCGAGCGAGUCGAAGAAGGGUCUGGGACUGGUUAUCUUUGCGACGAUCGGACAGUGCGGGCCGCUGCUGGGGACGCAUCUGUUCCCAGCAAAGGAGGCACCGUACUAUGUCAAGGGCACGGCCGUUAGUGCGGGUCUGCUGCUCUUCGGCGUGCUCGUCUCAGCAGGACUCAGUUGGAGGUUCUGGAGUAUCAACAGGAGCCGGGACAGACGUGUUGCUUUGGCCGAAGGAGAUAUUGGACGGAGGGAGAGCAAGGCGGACGAAGAGAAGGGUGUGGACUCGGCGGGUUUGAGCGAGACGGAUAGACGAAAGAUCGACGUGCUGCUUCGUGGGGAGGACUCGCCGUACUUCCGAUACACCAUCUAA